AUGGCCGCCAAUCCAAAUGGUCAUGGUGAUGGCCAAGCUAGACGCACCUUGGAGGACUAUUCUACAUUCUCAGGGCCUCUUCACUUUAACAGCAUUUCUAGGCCAAGAGUUAAUGCCGCCAACAUGGAGAUAAAGCCUGCUCUCAUCCAUUUGGUGCAGAACAAUCAGUUCCAGGGCCUUUCUCAUGAGAAUCCGUACAAUCAUUUGGCCACCUUCAUUGAGAUAUGUAAUACUGUGAAGAUUCAUGAUGUUCCUGAUGAAGCUAUAAGGCUGAGCCUGUUUCCAUUCUCGUUGGUAGGAAACGCCAAGGUGUGGUUGAAUUCUUUUCCUGAGAAUAGCUUCACGGCAUGGGAGGACGUGGUUGCCAAGUUCCUCAACAAAUACUUCCCACAGUCAAAAGUUAAUAAAGGGAAGCAGGAAAUCUCAUCUUUUCAGCAAGAUGGUAGUGAAACUUUGAGCCAAGCAUGGGAUAGGUUCAAGGGCUUACUACGAAGGACGCCCACUCAUGGGCCAGACAACAAAAUGAUAUUAGAUGCAGCGGCUGGAGGAACAAUGAUGUCUGUAGAUGCAGAACAAGCAACAAGAAUCAUUGAGGCACUAGCAUCUACACACCAUCAAGCCCAACAUAACAGACAAACAGUUCAACGGAAAGGAAUUCUUGAUCUCAGCACUACAGAUGCAAUUUUAGCUCAGAAUAAAAUUUUGACUCAGCAGAUGGAAGCAUUAACCAAACAGAUGGCUAACUUACCUGAGCAAUUAAAAGCAGUACAAUCUCCUCCUAGUCAACAACCCAUGAGAUGUAACUUCUGUGGAGGUGACCAUCCCAACGGUCAUUGUUCAUAUCAAAGUAGCUCACAAGAAGGAGAAGUUCAAUAUGUGAGUAAUCAAGGAAGAUCAGGGAAUUUCUCUAACAACAAUAACUUUUCACAGGGGUGGAGAAACAAUCAAAGUCAGAAUUUUGGAUGGAAACAAGAUGAUGGUCCUUCAAAUAGACAACCUCCUUAUCAGCAUCAACAACAAAAUCCUUCUGUGUAUGAAAGAACAACCAAAUUAGAGGAUACUUUAGAAAAAUUCAUGCAAGCUUCUAUGACCAAUCAGAAAAAUACAGAAGCUUCAAUCAGGAAUCUUGAAACACAGGUGGGACAGUUGGCUAAACAACUAUCAGAUCAACAGGCAGGUCAUUUUUCAGCCACCCAAACUAAUCCCAAGGAGCAUUGUAAAUCAAUUACUACCAGGAGUGGUACAAUUGUGGGAAGAGGGAUAGGAGACAAUCUUGUUGUGGAGGAGGAAAUUAAUAUUCCAUUUGUGGAAGCUAUGGAGCAGAUGCCAACUUAUGCAAAAUUCAUGAAAGAGCUCCUGACAAAGAAAAGAAGAUUUUCUGAUGAGACAGUGGAGCUUGAAGCAGGCUGCAGUGCUAUAAUCCAAAAAUCAUUACCCCAAAAAUCCAAGGACCCUGGAAGUUUCACCAUUCCAGUCACAAUUGGGACAUUGGCAGUAGGUAAAGCCUUACUUGAUUUGGGUGCUAGUAUAAAUUUGAUGCCUUUGUCCAUGCUAAGAAGGAUAGGAGAUUUGGAAGUAAGGCCUACACGGAUGACAUUACAAUUAGUUGACAGAUCCCUAAAAUAUCCUUAUGGUGUGGCAGAGGAUGUCUUAGUUAAAGUUGAUAAAUUCAUGUUCCCAGUUGACUUUGUGGUAAUGGAUAUUGAGGAGGAUGUUGAAGUUCCUCUGAUUUUGGGAAGACCUUUUAUGAAGACUGCUAAGGUCAUUAUUGAUGUUGAUGAUGGCAAACUAAAGGUUAGAGUGCAGGAUGAUGAAGUCAACUUUAAUGUUUUUGAAGCAAUCCAGCAUCCUAAUGAUAAACAACAAUGUUUCAAAAUGGAUGUGGUAGAUGAAAUUUGUCUAGUAGCCAGGAAGCAAUUGGCAAAAGCAAGUCCAUUGGAGAUCUCAACACUGUCACUGCUGGUCGCACCUGUCCGGUGCCGUUCGUCGUUGUCUGCGGCUGUCUCGUCACUAUUUGUAGCUGUCAACUGCAAUUUCAAGUUUUUCAACUUGGUUGCCAUCCUUGUAUCAGUCCGCUACCGUCUGUCGCCAUCCGCCGUCGUCCGCCGCCACUGUUCCGUCUGGCGACCACUGAAUCUGGUUCGCCUCUUCACGCGACAGCCAACCACGCUGGUGGGUUCGCCUGAUUCUCCUCCACGCUCCGUCACGCGCCACCUCUUUGCGCGCUGCGAAUAG